UCGCUCGACCCUCCUUUUUGCGACAAUGGAAGAACUUUUUGAACACUCGGCACAACCCUCGAGGGAUUACAAACCGAAGAUCAGCGAAGAGUACUUGACACCAUCACGCAGCUACGAAAGUGUGGUCUCGACGGAAUUCUCUCUCUGCCCGAUAUUGUCGUCUGCGGGGAUCAGUCGGCCGGCAAAAGCUCCGUGUUGGAAGCACUGACCGAUAUACCUUUCCCGAGGAACGAAAAUCUCUGCACGCGAUUUGCCACGGGAAUCAGCCUCCGACGAGAGCUUACCGAGAGUCUCACCGUCAGGAUAAUCCCGGGCAAUGAACGGGGCCAAGAAAAUCAAAAACGAAUCAAAGAGUUCUCGGAAUCCAUCACCGAUUUCAAGGACUUGCCCCUCAUCAUAGGCGCUGCGAAGAAAGUCAUGGGCAUCAGUAAUGGGGGCGGUAAUAGCUCACAGCUGGGCCAGGCACCUGAUAGCGCUUUCUCCAAAGACACGCUCAGCAUCGAGAUCAACGGACCUGACCGCCCGCGGCUUACCCUGAUCGAUAUACCGGGCUUGAUUCAGUCCGCUACGAGAGGCGUCUCCGAGAAUGACGUGGCUUUGGUCGCAGACAUCACCGACCGCUACAUCAGGCGGCCUCGUACCAUCUGCCUGGCCGUCGUGUCGGCAACCAACGACGCGGCCAACCAGCCGAUCCUUCAACGAGUUCGCAGAUUCGACCCGCGAGGCGACCGUACGCUCGGUAUCAUCACAAAGCCCGACCAAUUGCCGGAGGGAUCUGGCUCCGAAUCCAAGUUACUCGAGCUCGCUCGCAAUGAGGAUGUGUUUUUCAAGCUUGGGUGGCAUGUCGUUAGGAACCGCCGUUUCUCCGAGAACGAAUUUUCAUUUUGGGAACGCAACGCAGCUGAGAUGCAGUUCUUCCGCACGUUAAAUUUUCGCAAUCUGCCACGGGAUAUCGUCGGCAUCGAGACUCUGCGGGCGAGAUUGAGCCAUCUUUUGUUCGAGCACGUCUCCGCAGCCCAGCGGGGAUCUCGAGCGGGUUCUCCAGGUAGACAGGCACGAGUUGAAUUUGUUGGGCGAUGUCCGGUGGGAUCCCGAGAUUGCCGUGUAUAUCUGGCCCAACUCACUAUGGAUUGUCAGGAAAUUUGCAGAGCGAGUCUCAAUGGUAAUUACGAGCAUAGUUAUUUCAAGAAGGGCGCUGAGGAGUCGUUCUUACUGCAGAGCAAGAGCACUAUCGCUCGGCUCAGAGCUGCUGUGCAGUACAGGAAUGAGGUGUUUGCCGAAACCCUACGGCAAAAGGGCCACAGGUACCAUUUCGUGUCCACAACAGAGAAAGGGCUGGUUGUAGCGGAGGACCUCGACCAGAACAAAACGUCUAUGACGCCGUCGCCGAAGCCGCUCUCCAGAAAAAAAUCCGGCGCAUGGGUUCAAAAGAUGCUUCUCCGUUCGAGGGGUACCGAGCUGAUUGGGAACUUCAACCCGCGUCUCAUCGGUGAGCUGUUCUGGGAACAGUGUCAGCCGUGGGAAAAUCUGGCUAGAAAUCAUAUCGAGCAAGUAGGUCAGCUGUGUAGGGAUUUCCUCGCCAAUUUGCUAGAACAGAAAGUUCUUAAGGAGAUGAAGGGUCGCAUUUGGACAUUCAUGGUCCAGGACACGCUGGCCGAGCGGAAGCAGGCAGCGUAUGACGAAUUAGGCAAGCUCAUGAGGGACAUCAAAGAAUUUCCCAUCAACUACAACCACUACUACACAGACACCAUCGAGCAGCGGAGCCAAGAGAGGCUGAAGAUACGAUUGGAAUCUUUACUCCCAGGCACCUUCGCACAAGCGCCGCCCGUGAACUGCAAUCGUGGACACCAUUACGACAAGUUCGAUCCGGGAAUGGAGAUGAACAACGUUAUAUCGGCCUGUUUGAGAAGCAAUGUAACUUCCAUCGACAUGAAUAAGUUCAGCAGUGACGAGGCCCUAGACUGUUUGCGGGCAAUCUACAAGGUGCAGUACAAGACCUUUGUCGCCAAUGUGACGACGCAAGUGAUCGAGCGGCACAUGAUUCGGGGGCUCGACAGGAUAUUCUCACCGCUGGUCAUUAUCAGCAUGGCAGACGACAAGCUUGAAGCCAUUGCUUCGGAGCGGCCGGAAAGUAGGCGUCAGCGAGUUUUUUGUCGAAUCGUGUGCAGAAGCUGGAAGAGGGCCGCCGAAUUUUUCAGGAGUUGAUUGGUACGCAGUCGGUGGCCAAAGCGAACGCACACUGAACGGGCCGGAUGAGUGGCAUUGCCACACCCAGCAGCUAAGCUGUGAACACCAACUUGCGAUGGAAUCUGACGAGAAUACAGUGAAGUGCGUGGGCAAUUUUGGUUGCAAUCGACA